AUGGCUGGUUCACACAAUGACUUGAAUGUUCUUGAUCAUUCCCCAGUAUUCAAGAGCAUGAUCAAUGGUUCAAUGCCUCCGAUUAAUUACGUGGUGAAUGGGCAUCAACGUACAAUGGGGUAUUACCUAUCUAAUGGUAUAUAUCCUAAGUGGACAACUUUGAUGCAAACCAUCCCGCACCCAACAACUGUCAAAGAGAAAUUAUUUGCUAACAAACAAGAAGUUGUUAGGAAGGAUAUAGAAUGGGCGUUCGGCGUGUUGCAGAUGAGGUGGGCUAUAACGCAUCAACCAGUACUUUAUUGGAAUACAAAAGAUCUAAACAAGAUAAUGAGAACGUGCAUCAUAUUACACAAUAUGAUCAUUGAAGACGAGGGCGAACACAUUUUGCAAUGGACACCACUGACAGAUGACCCAAUCUCUCUUUCACAUUACGUUCAAAACCCAUCAAUGUUGGCGGCACACAUUUCCUCUUGCCUAAGUGGGAUUUGCAAUAAAUCUGACAAUGCAAAUCUUAGGAAAGAUCUCAUGGAACAUUUGUGGAAUCAAUUUGGCCAAUUAGCUCAGGUCCCUUGGUACAAUUUGGUUUCGCAAUCCCUCCACAAUUCCACAUAUGAAGUUCAAUCUAUGGUUGGCAAUUCAAUCAAGAUUACCUACACCGGAUAG